AGAAAAUCUUGUGAACCAAGAUGUCUGACGCCAAGAACAACCUGUUACUGUUCUUCGACCGUCCCUCAGAGCCAUGCUUCAUGCAAAAGGGAGAAGAGAAUGCAGUAUUCGAGAUUCCUGACAAUUACUACCCGGAGAAGUACCAGCGUGUGUCAAAUGCUAUAGGCAACAGGUUCGGUAGCGACGCGGGCCGCAUGAUACCCAUUAGGAACAUUGCCCUACCCAAUCUGGACCUGCCCAUGGAGCUGCCCUAUAACGAGCAGUUCUCCUUGUUCGUCCCUAAGCACAGAAAAUUGGCAGGAAGGCUGAUUGACAUCUUUAUGGGAAUGCGUGAUGUUGAAGAUCUUCAGUCUGUCUGUUCGUACUGUCAGCUGCGGAUUAAUCCUUACAUGUUCAAUUACUGCCUCUCUGUCGCCAUUUUGCACAGGCCUGACACCAAGGGCUUGAGCAUCCCGACUUUCGCGGAGAGCUUCCCCGAUAAGUUCAUGGACCCGAAAGUUUUCCGUCAAGCCAGGGAGGUGUCCAGCGUUGUGCCUUCUGGAGCCAGGAUGCCAAUAGUGAUUCCGUCGAACUACACCGCGUCUGACACGGAGCCGGAGCAGCGCGUGGCGUACUUCCGCGAGGACAUCGGCAUCAACCUGCACCACUGGCACUGGCACCUCGUGUACCCCUUCGACGCCGCAGACCGCGCCAUCGUCAACAAGGACCGCCGCGGGGAGCUCUUCUACUACAUGCACCAGCAGAUCAUCGCCAGGUACAACGUUGAGCGUAUGUGCAACAACCUGAGCAGAGUGAGGAGGUACAAUAACUUCAGGGCCGCGAUCGAGGAGGGCUACUUCCCCAAGCUAGACUCAACAGUCGCCAGCAGAGCCUGGCCUCCCAGGUUUGCUGGCACUACCAUCCGUGACCUGGACAGACCCGUUGAUCAGAUCAGGAGCGACGUCUCUGAGUUGGAGACCUGGAGGGACAGGUUCCUGCAAGCUAUCGAGAAUAUGUCCGUGAUGCUGCCCAACGGUCGUCAACUUCCCUUGGAUGAGGAGACCGGCAUCGACGUGCUGGGCAACCUUAUGGAGUCCUCCAUCAUCAGCAGGAACCGACCCUACUACGGCGACCUCCACAACAUGGGACACGUCUUCAUCUCUUACUCUCAUGAUCCUGAUCAUCGUCAUCUGGAGCAAUUCGGCGUGAUGGGUGACUCCGCGACGGCCAUGCGGGACCCGGUGUUCUACCGCUGGCACGCGUACAUCGACGACAUCUUCCACCUCUACAAGUACAAGCUCACGCCCUACGGUAACGACAGGCUGGACUUCCCCAACAUCAGGGUGUCGUCCGUCAGCAUCGAGGGUGGCGGAACUCCCAACACGCUGAACACGCUGUGGGAGCAGAGCACCGUGGACCUUGGCCGUGGAAUGGACUUCACUCCUCGCGGCAGUGUCCUCGCCAGGUUCACGCACUUGCAGCACGACGAAUACAACUAUGUGAUCGAAGUGAACAACACAGGAGGCGGCAGCGUAAUGGGAAUGUUCAGGAUAUUCAUCGCACCAACAGUGGACGAAAGUGGGAAGCCAUUAUCCUUUGACGAGCAAAGGAAACUAAUGAUUGAACUGGACAAAUUCUCUCAAGGAGUGAAACCUGGCAACAACACAAUCCGACGUAAGAGUAUAGACUCCUCAGUGACUAUACCGUACGAGAGGACGUUCCGCAACCAGGCGGACCGGCCAGCAGAUCCAGGAACCGCUGGGGCUGCCGAGUUCGACUUCUGCGGCUGCGGGUGGCCUCACCACAUGCUGGUGCCCAAGGGAACUACUCAAGGAUAUCCUAUGGUGCUGUUCGUCAUGGUGUCCAACUGGAAUGAUGACCGAGUGGAGCAAGACCUGGUGGGGUCGUGCAAUGACGCGGCGUCGUACUGCGGCAUCCGCGACCGCAAGUACCCGGACCGGCGCGCCAUGGGCUUCCCGUUCGACCGGCCCGCGCCCGCCGCCACCACGCUGUCCGACUUCCUGCGCCCCAACAUGGCCGUGCGCGACUGCAUCGUGCGCUUCACCGACAGGACCCGCCAGCGCGGCCAGCAGGGGUAGGUCCGCCGCCUCCACCACCACGCAACACAACAUCACGGGAUGACGGGUCUUGACUUUUUUGCACAGAAUUUCUCUUUAAUCCAUACAAACAUGCAACGAUAUUUUUUAUUAACUGGACUAUGUAGCGGUGGUGUGGUACCCUGCACAUAUAAAUAAUUAAAAAAACAAAUUGACGGCAUAUCUAUCCAAGAGAAAUAUUAUGGUAAUAGUCGACUUUAUGUUGUAGUUACUAAUAAAGGAAAACUCUUUUUGGUUCUGUUGGUUUUUCUAUAAGAAAAAGACAAAAAGUUACACGGAAUUUGUACUGCUUUUUUCGAACUUUUGAAAUGAUUUACUUUAAUGAUUAAUUUAAAUAUGAUUCUUAUAAACUUUAAAUAUUCAAAAAAGGUUUUUCUGUUUCUAUCUCAAACCGGAUUUUAAAAAUAAAUCACACUGCUUAAAGAAUACGGUUAAACUCAUUUCAACACAAUGUAUCAUAUUGUAAUUAGCAAUACUAUAUUCUUGAAAUAAAUCAUCAUUAUUAGGCUAUAUCAGUCCACUGUUGGAUACAGGCUACGAAUAAUAAAACUAUGGAACAGUAACUCGCCUUCAAUUGCACUUUAGAUUAUGGUUCCAUUUACGCACACAAAUAAAAGCAAAUGCAACGAACACUCACACUCUCAUUCGCGCCAAGGUCACGGUUCGCAAGCGCCACCCAGCGCACCCUUAUGACGAUGACGUUAUGCAGUAGUAAUUAAUUCAUUAAAUAUUUUCUCGUUUUUUUAUCAGAUGACUUUAUUACUGCAAUAAAAAUAAAUGCAGUUUAUAAGUUAGUACAUGAGAUGAAAAUAUGAUAAUUAAACUUAAAAUCAAUACUACUACUACUACUACCACUACUAGUAUACCUUUUGUAAAGCACACGACUUCCACUUUCAAGUAUGUACAUGGCCUCUUUUUCAAAGUGUAUGCUGCAUAUUGUGGUAUUUUUGCAAUGCAUCCAAGCGUACUAUCACAAGCGGCUAUCCAUUUUUUACGUUGAAUUUCAUUUGUCGGAAAUCUGCAGUAAUAAAAUCAUUUGUUAUCACUGCGUAAUAUCAUAGUUGUUACUUAAAUAAAACUUAUGUUUUAUCCGAGCAGAAUAAAGAACUACUACUGCAUAGAAAAAGUAAUCGUACAUAUUGCAUAACACUAUCCAUCAUCAAUAGUGUAAACUUUUAUGAUGUUUGUAAACUUACUUAUGCAAGCUAAUUCCAUUGUUUUUCAUAUCUGUAUGGCUUUUACACCAUUUCACCAAAAUUAAAAAGCGCAAAAUAAUAAUUAUCUGGUCAACCAAAAACUAACGCAACACGACCGCACGACACGAGUUCCACAGCGAACUGGCGCGCCGUUCUGUAGCUAUUUUAAGCCCCGCCCUCCGCGGUAGCUAUUUACGUGGAACCAUUUUUGAAGCGUAAUUACUUUUCUAUAGUUUUAUUAUUCGUAGGAUAUAGGUCUCUCAC